ACACGGUCCGGUACCAUUUGUCCAAGGAGACCCGAGGGACUACCUUGGGAGGUAAUACUUACUUUUCCGGGACAGCGCGACCCUCAGGUGUGCGAUGGCUCAACACUCGACAGAUUUGUCCUGUGGCGCAAGGUCCUGUAUCUUCUUAAAUACUGUAGGUCCAAGAUACGGAGCAGAGAGUGACAAGUGUUGUUUGGCUGCUGUUCUAACAACUGAUGACCAUGGCGAGUGUCGUCAACUAUGUGGUGGACUUCUAUACAGAUAUUAUGGAGAAUAAAAGUGAUCCUCGAGUGAAGGAUUGGCCGCUGAUGAGUGGUCCUGGCCCAACACUGCUUAUCUGCCUCACAUAUGCCUUCAUCGUGAAGGUGGUUGGACCCAAAUUUAUGGAGAAGAGGAAACCGUACCAGCUCAGAAAAACUCUCAUAGUGUAUAAUCUGAUUCAAGUUAUUCUCAGUGCAUGGUUAUUUUAUGAAUCAAUAAUUGCUGGAUGGUUCACCACAUACAGUUUCCGUUGCCAGCCAGUUGACUACUCAAAUACUCCCAAAGCACUGAGGACAGCAGGAGGUUGUUGGUGGUAUUUCUUCUCAAAGUUUACUGAGUUUUUUGACACUUUUUUCUUCGUCUUGCGCAAGAAAAAUGACCAAGUGUCAAAACUGCAUGUAAUACAUCAUGGUGUCAUGCCCCUCAGCACCUGGUUUGGAGUCAAGUUCUCACCAGGUGGUCACAGCACAUUCUUCGGAAUGUUGAACACAUUUGUGCACAUUGUCAUGUACUCAUACUAUCUGCUGGCAGCUCUGGGGCCACAUAUGCAGAAGUAUCUGUGGUGGAAGAAAUAUCUCACAGCUCUCCAAAUGGUCCAAUUUGUUCUGGUCAUGCUCCAUGCCUUCCAACUCCUCUUCAUUGAUUGCAACUAUCCAAAGGCCUUUGUGUGGUGGAUUGGACUUCAUGCUGUCAUGUUCUACUUCUUGUUUGCAGACUUUUACAAGCAGGCUUACAAGAAAAGAGAUGAAAAGAUCAAAGCUCAAUUGAAGAAGAAUGAGGAUGCCGCUGUCCAAAAUGGUCGAACAAACGGUUAUGCAAAUGGUCAUGCAAAUGGUGCUGCCAACGGGAAGGUAUUCUCUUCCAAUGAGGCCUAUCAACAACCUGACAAGAAAAUGGAGUCAAGCUACAUCAGUCAAGAGUCGUUGAGAAACAGAGCUUUCAUCAAUAAAGAAAAGGCAUCAACGUCGGCAUCGUAGAACUAAUUUGUAAUUACCAUAGAUAUUGUACAGUUACCGAUAAGCCUCCCUUAGCCUCUCUUAGCUGAUAUAACACUUGUUCAAAUGUUGUGUCAAAGUGCAAUAGUAAGUAUAAUAACAGUUUCUAUAGGUUAGUAUUAUUUUUUUGUUGCCAAUCAAACUACCAAUAUAACAGUUCUCAAUUAUUCUUUAGUAUAAGACAGCAAAAAUAUUCUGUGCCAUGUUGUGAUGUCUUCAGUUUUUAUUAACACAGUAAGUUAAUUAAGAGAAUAUACAAGUCAAGUUGUGUAUACAUUUUUCAAUUUAAAACCUUACAAAUUUAAUAUCUAAAACCUGAAAGUCAUCAAGUGAUUUUUAAGUCCAACAAAUUAUUUUGUAAACUGGAUAACAUAUAUAUUUGUUUGAAACAAAUAGGUAGGAACUGUGGCUAGAGAUCUACCAAUAACUGUUUCAGGGUGUAUACUAUAUUGCAGUACUAACUGGAAUAAUGUAAUAAGUAUAAUAAGUUGUAGUAUUUUGCAGACUCAGACAUUUUAACAGUAAUCUAUUACAGUUGGUUUUUAAUUUAAAUAAAUUCUGUAGGAGAAGUCAAUAUAAUCAAUAGAAAUAAAUUAUAUGGAAUAUUAAAUGUUUACAUAUUGUAGUGGGUUAUAGUUUUUGGUUCAAUACUGCAGGUAAAGAGCUGGCUCCAAUCUAUUGUAUAUACCUUGGCAGUGUGUGUUUUAAUGAAUGCUCCUCCCCCUCAAUCCGAUAACCACCUUCUGUAGGUGAACAAGUAUACAAUAAAACUGAUCUUACAUUUGUACUGUGUUUAAACAUAGACAAUUUUAUAGCAUAGUCUAGAUUUGUAUAUAUUUUUUCAGAGGUUGUUGUCAAGAUAUAACAUUGACUUAAAUAUGUUUUUUAUAUAAAAGAUUGUUUUUACAUCUAGCCAUUUCUUAACGUGUAAAUAGAUUAAGAGGAGGAUUUUUAUUAUUCUAAUGUAAAUAUCAAAACUAAAAUGUUAGCCAUAGACUAGUUUAUAAGUUAUUAAAUUAUUUUUGUGUACUCAAGAAGUGGAGUGUGAUAUAUUUUUACUGUAAAAGUGUACUGCUUGUUUAUUUAAAAUUGAAAUACAUAUCUUAUACAAUUAAUUGGAUUGAAAAUGUAUAAUUUAGAUAAUUAGUGCAAAUAUAUAGUGCACUAACAGUUUUUUUCAUAUUUAUGAAGUAAUGUCAAUACAAAGUUUUUAGAGUAUUUAGAAAAAAAACAAGUUUACCACUCUUAAAAAUUAAAUUUUACUUCAUAUUUAUUUGUCAGUUUAGGUUAUAUACUGUUUUUAUGGUUAUGCUUUUAAAUACAUUUUCAAAUUCUCAAAGAUCUGAAAUUCACUCUACUUUAAUAAACAGAAAAGGUUUAUCGUGGCCUGGAACAGUUUGGGCUUGACUUAGUAGAGUUAGUAAAGUUAAAAUAUUUUGACAGAUAGUUAACUCUUGGGAUCUUAUUUUAAAGUAAAUGCGAUCGUUCAUCUCCUCCAGUAAGCUAACUGGGUCCCAGAGGGUUACCAUUCUGUUAGUUGACUAGUCAGUUUUUAUCAUACCCAGACCCCCUUCACUACAGGGGGCUGAUCAGAGCCUGGGGAUCAGAAGUUUAUCAUCAAUCAGUAUUAAGAUGAAGUGCUAUCCUCCACAUUUAAAAUAUUUCCAAUCAAUAAUUAUAUGUUUUAAGGGAAUUUAAUUUUGUCAAUUAUUUACAGCUGUUUAUGCAAUUGUAUAUUAACUUAUUACUGUCAAGGGCUUUCAAGUUCGGUUUGAGUAAUAUUCAUAAAAUUACUACAAAAAUUUAAUUUUAUGUAAUAGUGUGCCUAUUAAGAAAGUGGUGUUUAACUCAAAAUCAAAGUAAUACGGUUUUCAUUAAAGUAUAAAAGAAAGUAAAAGUCAAUGUAAAAGUACAUAUUUAGUACAUUGUAUAGACUAUACAAUUUUAAAACUUAUUGCCUACAAAUAAAUUAUAAGAUACUUAUUCUUAGUAGUUCCGUUUAAAGUACUACAUUUGGAGCAUUACUUUAAUUCAAGACGUUUUUAAUUGGGAUUUAUUAGUUGGAUAUAUUGUAAUUAUUCUAUACUUUUUACUUUACAUUAACUUUAAUAAUAAUAUUUGUCAUCCAAAUGUUUUAAGAGCAGGAAUUAGUUUGAACUUAUUUUGUACAUAAUGAUGUUUAAUAUUGACAAAUCUACUUUUAGUUAGUUAUAAAAUGCAAAUAAAAAUGGCAAGGAAUCAAAUCACAAUGUAUAAUUUUGUUGUUAAUAAAAACAGUGGAAAUA